AUCCGAGAGCACUAGAAAACCAAACGGACGCAUGCAAAUUCCUUUCAACGAAUCUUAAAACCCGCAAACCUCAAAACGUGGCGCCUCCUGCAUUUUCGUUUUCCGACCCUUUCCCUUCCUUUUCUCCCUCUCUCUCCCUCUCUGUUUUCAGAACUCUUUCUCUCAGGAAUCGUGGUCGCUGUAUCAUCAUCUAUUUCCUUGUUCGUUGAUUUUGAUCAGCUGGUACUGGUCAGCAAAUCGGACGGACCUUAUUCGUUUUCGCCGAGCUCUCCAGCUCCGGCUCCGGAGAAUGUGGCUUUGCUUCCGCUGAAUAUAUUCUUGAGUUGUGAGAUGCCAUAGAAGCUGUCGAUGUCUAUGAAAUCCAUCGCAUUGUUGCUGUGAGAUAAGAUUCGAGCUUUGUUUGUCUAUGAAGUCCUUCAAAUCAUUUCAAUCAGUGAAAAAGAAUGCCUUAUUUGAUGCGGGAAAAUACGGUUUAAAGAUGAAACAGCUGCCGUUUAUGGGAGUUGUGUGUACAGUAAUGCUGUUCAUUAUAUAUAGAACCACAAAUUAUCAGUACAAACAGACACAGAUUGAAACAAAAUUUCACCCAUUUGACACCGCAGAGGAUUCUAUUAUAUCUUCCGGGAACUUGCGUGGUUUGCCCCGUGGUAUUGUUCAAGGUCGUUCAGAUUUGGAGUUGAGGCCUUUAUGGUCAACAAGCAGUUCAAGAUCAAAGGUUGAAGCUUCCACCCAUCGUAACUUGCUAGCAAUUCCAGUUGGUAUUAAGCAAAAGGAUAAUGUUGAUGCUAUUGUGCAAAAGUUUCUUCCAGAGAAUUUCACAGUUGUGCUUUUCCAUUAUGAUGGUAAUGUCGAUGGGUGGUGGGAUCUCGAGUGGAGUAGCAAGGCUGUACACAUAGUUGCUCAAAACCAAACGAAAUGGUGGUUUGCAAAGCGUUUUUUGCAUCCAGCGGUUGUAUCUAUAUAUGACUAUAUAUUUCUCUGGGAUGAAGAUUUGGGUGUGGAGAAUUUUGAUCCAGGAAGUUACCUAGAAAUUGUGAAAUCAGAAGGACUGGAGAUUUCUCAGCCAGCUCUCGAUCCCAAUUCAACAGAUAUACAUCAUAGGAUAACUGUACGAUCGAAAAGAAAGAAGUUGCAUAGAAGAGUCUAUGACAUUAGAGGUAGUACUAAGUGUUCAAAUGCCAGUGAGGGGCCACCCUGUACCGGAUUUGUUGAAGGAAUGGCUCCAGUGUUUUCAAGAGCUGCUUGGUAUUGUGCUUGGCAUCUUAUACAGAAUGAUCUUGUCCACGGAUGGGGAUUGGACAUGAAGGUUGGAUAUUGUGCACAGGGGGAUCGCACAAAGAAAGUGGGAGUUGUUGAUCGUGAAUACGUUGUUCACAAGGGCAUACAAACCUUGGGUGGGGGUGGCCCCCCUUCGAAAAAGGUUACAAAUUCAGAAGAUUCUGCUAAGAGACAUGGUGCUACGCCCAUGGAUCCACGAAUGGAGAUUCGGAGGCAGUCAACAUGGGAGCUUCAAAUCUUUAAGGACCGCUGGAAUCAAGCCGUAGCAGAAGACAAGGACUGGGUUGAUCCCUUCACAAGAUAUCAGAAACAACGUAAAAAGCAAAGACGCCACCACCAUUGAGUUUGAAAUUGACCAAGCAGCUUGUGUCAGGUAGUCCAGUUAGUUACAGCUUCAUCGACACACAGGCUCACCUAUACUUGUAAUUUAUCCAUUUUGAAUGCUCAUAAUUUCAUUAUUUGAAUGUUGACAAUUUUACAAAAAUUUCAAUUUUGUGGUGUAUAUCUAGUUAUCUGUUCUGAACC